CAUCCAGUCUCGGCAACUUCAAGUGACUGUCAACUGGUUGUGUUAUUGCAUUACAUACUCACAUAAAUUGUUAAAAUUACAAUAAAUAAUAAUAAGAAAAAAAAAACGUCGAGCACUACCAGUAUGGACAUGGAAUUAAAGACAUGAUUGAAUUACGCGUAAUAAAAUCAAUAUAUCUGCAGAAGAGAACUUCCUCGAACUCGGAUCAUAAAUAUUUAAAAUGACGAGUCUAAGUGUCACGUAGACUAGCAAUUAUCGCAAAACUAGGUACAGUAGGAUCGUUAGAUUAGCAGCCUGACCAAAACCAAGACUGACAAAGCAGCGUGUCGACGUUGCUCGUGUAAGAAAAUUAAAUGUUGAUUGUGACACCAGAUAAAAUCGAGGCACCGUCGUCAUCGACGACUCCAGAACCUCUAGCUCUGCUGCCAGUUUCAUCUUGCUCGGUGACUUCUUCCCCGGCGAGUUCGACUUCAACUUCGACUUCGUCAACCUCGCCAGCGCUGAUCGUCAGCACCACCACCAGCACCAGCAACACCACCGUUAUGUCUGGUGACCAUCGCCCGGUGAUUCGCUAUCCCUCGGAGUAUGUCAAACUCAAUAUCGGCGGGUCCUUGCACUAUACGACCAUCAGCACUCUCAGGAAGCAUGACACUAUGUUGCGCGCUAUGUUCAGUGGCCGUAUGGAUGUUCACACUGAUUCUGAAGGUUGGAUAUUGAUAGAUAGAUGUGGAAAACAUUUUGGAACAAUUUUAAAUUUUCUGAGAAACGGAUCAGUAGCUCUGCCAGAAAGCACUAAAGAAAUAACUGAGCUGCUGGUAGAAGCUAAGUACUACUGCAUCAGCGAGCUAGCAGAGUCAUGUGAACAAGCACUAUUAAGAAAAGAACGCGAAGCUGAGCCUAUUUGUAGAGUUGCUUUAAUAACUUCCCAAAGAGAAGAGCAAUUGCUCAUUAGCAGUACUACCAAACCAGUUGUUAAGUUACUUAUCAAUAGGCAUAAUAAUAAAUAUUCAUAUACAAGCACGUCAGAUGAUAAUUUACUGAAAAACAUCGAAUUGUUCGAUAAAAUGUCUUUGAGAUUCAAUGGAAGAGUCUUAUUUAUUAAAGACGUUAUCGGUUCUAUUGAAAUAUGCUGUUGGACGUUUUAUGGACAUGGAAGAAAAGUCGGAGAAGUCUGUUGUCAUUCGAUUGUUUAUACUACUGAUAAAAAACAUACCAAGGUGGAGUUCCCAGAAGCUAGAAUUUACGAAGAAACAUUAAACAUUUUAUUAUAUGAGCAUCGUAAUGGCCCGGACCAAGAGCUGAUGCAAGCAACGUCAUCCCGCGGAGCAGUUGGUGGCGGACCGCCAUGUACGAGCGACGAAGAAGAGGGCGAGCGUUCUGGGUUAGCCCGUCUCCGGACCAACAAGCAGAACACCAACUGACCCUCCCUCACUGUACUGACACCCGCGCAUCCUGCAAUCAUGAGCUUGGUACGGUCUUUUAGGACCCGUGCUCAUAUAAAAUAACAAUUUUUGAUAAUCAUUAACUAUAAAUUAUAAAUUAUUAAUUACAAUAAUGAUCUAUGAUCAUUAUAACUUAUAACUAUUAUUUAUUCGCACUAAUUACCAAGCAGACAAGUGCCAAACGAUAAUAUUAUUUAUUAGUGAAUAAUUAAUAACUUUUGUAACUGGACUAUCACUUAAAUUCUGUAAAAUAUGUAGAUUACUUUUAUUUAUUCAUGUGUA